AUGACUGUCAACGGAACCGACGGUAGUGCCGAUGGCUGCCAGUACGUUGUCGCAGGCAUCGACAUGAGUGAUCUUUUCCCCGCCCCGUUUCCCAACGAUGUGAAGACGGUCCACCUCGAGACUCUCUCGUUGGCCAAGCUUCUUCAAAAUGAUGAGGGAGAGCUCCGUCGUAUCUACGAGAACUGCAAGGACCCAGGGUUCUUCCAGCUUGACCUCACCGACGAUGACCGCGGCAUUCAACUCCUGCGUGAUUCGGUGGACUGCGCGCGGUUGGUCAGACAACUGGGUCCCAACAUGAGCAUCGAGGAGAAAAAGACUUACAAGCAGCACGACCGCGUGGGACCCUUCAGCAAGGGGUACCAGGUCUACGACAUCCUGCCGAACGGACAGCCCAAGUACAAUGAGACGCUCAAUUUUGACAUGACGGAGGUGCUUGGCUACAGUAAAGAGCCCACCGAGCUCCCGUCCUGGCUUCGCCCGUACAAGGAGCUGGUCGCACGGACCAUGCGUAGCGGCAAUACGAUUGCCAAUAUUUGUCUCAAGGCACUGGAAGUGGGACUGCAGCUCCCGCGCGGUGCCCUCACCGACGCGCACCGCAUUGAGGAUCCGUCGGAUGACUUCCUUCGCCUCCUGCGCUAUCCAGGCGCCCAGCCCGACCAGCCACGCGACGACCUUACCUUCCCUGCGCAUAAAGAUUUCACUUCGAUCGGCCUCUUGUUCACCUGGCUGGGGGGUCUCCAGCUCCCUGCUUUGGGUGCUACCCCCGGCGCCAAGUCGAGCCCCAUGACCGGGCCGCUGGACAUCCCGGAGGAUCAGUGGCGCUGGGUCAAGCCAGUGCCAGGAACGGCCAUCGUUAAUGUGGGAUCCCAGCUGGAGUUUUUGACCAACAAGGCCCUGACGGCGGGGUUGCAUCGCGUGGUUCGUGCUCCUGGUGAACAAAAUAAUUUCGACCGGUACAGCGUGCUAGUGCAAACGCGCUGGGCCAACAGGCUCCCCAUGAAGCCGUUGCAAAGUCCGCAGAUCUCAUCUGUAUUGGACGAAGCAGCAACUCAGAUCGCGACCAUGACCGGCGGUGAGUGGAGUUCGCAGGGUGUGGGGAGCUUCAGCAAGUGGGUGACCGACCGCACACAGCGUAAAGAAGUUCUGAUCGUUCAGUGAUUGGGUCUCUCUCCUGAGAGUCUCCGCCAAUCGGAUUCACUAUGUGUAUGUAUCUAGCUAGGUCCAGAAAUAUCAAUGGAUAGCGUCCACUCGUUUCCGGGUGUACACACGGUUGCAC